GCGGAGGUUGAGCUGUCUACUGGGAGGUUUAUAGAGUAGCAGACAGGGGGGCAGUCCCUACAAAGAGGGAAUAGGUUAGAGAGAACAGUAGACAAGGAACGAGAGUAGAGAGCGAGAGAGAGAGAGAGAGAGAGAGAGAGAGACAGAGAGAGACAAACAGACAGACAGAGACAGAGACAGAGACUCAAAGAGAGUCUGCAUGCAGCCAGCCUGGGACAGCUUGGUACUGUAGAAACAGCCAGACGUUCAACUCUAGCACUAAUUUCCUCUCUGCUCCACAGCAAGCCCACCUGGUUCAGCUCAACACUGCAUCAUCAGAACCAGCCCAUUCUCUACAUAUGGAGAGGGAGCCGGCUUCUUUUCAGACACUCAGCAUCUAGGUCCUGAGGCAAGGGUACUGAAGCAGAGUCCUACAGAAUUUCUGGAAGAGGAAACGUUGCAGUAACAACUUAGAGUCUCUGUGUGAUUAUGGAUGACUCCAGCCGUCAGUCUGAGUAGAGCAUCAUCCUCCAUCAUGGUACAGCAAAGGGGACACAAAUACUUAGCAGUUAUGGACAGUGAUUUGAGCCAAGAGGUUUUCGUAGGACUGGGAGCAGAUGAAGGGGAGGAGGUUUUUGGACCGUCGCCCUCCAACAAAGACCCCAACUGGUGCAAGACUCCCACGGGUCACAUCAAGCGGCCCAUGAAUGCAUUCAUGGUCUGGUCGCAAAUCGAGAGACGGAAGAUCAUGGAGCAAUGGCCAGAUAUGCAUAACGCAGAGAUCUCCAAACGCCUAGGCAAGCGCUGGAAACUCCUCCCCGACUACGAGAAGAUCCCCUUCAUCAAAGAAGCGGAGAGACUUCGGCUAAAGCACAUGGCCGACUACCCCGACUACAAGUACCGGCCCCGGAAGAAGAGCAAGAGCUCCAUGCCCGCGCGGGUCGGGGAAAAGGUCCCCCUGAAGACAGGCAAGUCCCACACGGGUGGUCGCGCAUCCGCUUCCGCUUCCGCAACCUCCACAGCCACCAGCAAAGGGCUCAAGGUCCGAACGCCUUCCUCCAAACACAGAGCCAGCUUCCAUGGCAAUAAGUUCAAAGGUUACGACGAGGGCAUCAGCGAUGAUGACACAGUGGAUGUAGAGAUGGCCAGUCAGGGAGCAAGCCAGCCAGGAGGGCAGAGGCCAGCCUUGGGCAUCUUCCACCACCAGCAGGCUGCCAUGACCCCUGGGCAGCAGCAACCUCAUCUCACAGCCCAGCUCAGAGUCAAAUUGCCCACCACCACCUCCCACCAGCCCACCUCCACCCUCCCUGUGGGCCUCUCCUCUGGGUCUCCUGUACAGCAGAGCCUCCCAGAGUCGUCCCCCAGGGUGUCCUCUUCAUCGGAGUCCCGUACGCCCCUCUCCUCCACCGGCCGCUCCUCCACCCCCACCUCCACCAGCUCCUCCUCAUUCGUGUCGUCGGCCUCCUCCGACGAGGAGCUGGAUGAGGAAAUCCUGCAUAUCAUCUCCAACGCCAACUUCGACAGCAUGCCUAUGGAUUGCGCCACUCUGGACAAAGACUUUGAUGCUGCGUUUCACACCAACUCAGGAUCCCACUUCGAUUUCCCUGACUACUGCACCCCAGAAGUGAAUGAGAUGAUAUCCGGGGACUUGCUGGUGCCCAGCAUCUCUGACCUGGUGUUCAAGAUCUACUGACCUUCAUUCAUAAAAGCCUAUGGUUUUUUGCUUAUAUUAUUUAUUUUUCCCCACCCCGAGCUUGGACACUUCCUUUUUGUGUUCUCUCAAUCAAGUCCGUAAGUGCUAUUGCUUUUCUUUUCCCAGUAUUCCACAUCCUGAUGGUCUGGUGUACAAACAGUGAAAGGUUUCUCACUCCAAGCCUUUUAUCAAAGUUAAAAUAUUCAGGCACCGAACAGGAGACCAGGUACAAACAGCAGAGCAGACUCUGGACAGAUAUGUUCCUAGUAGAGGGAUAAGAGUGCUUUCAACAGUAAACCUAUUCAGUAUUUAUUGUUUCCAGUAUUAACAGGAGCAUGGAGCAUUGCCAUGUCUUUCACAUGCAUUUGUUGUAUAUGAAGCAGCAUUACAGAAAUGUUUUGACAUAAUCAACCAGAAUCAAGGCAACAACUGCAGAUUCACAUUUUCAAAUUCACAAAGUAGCCUCAUUCCGGAUUUAUUCAUGUUAUCAACAAAUGAUCUCUAAAUAUCAAAGGGUAAAAAGGGAGAUCAUGUGAGGCAUAGUCCUUAUGUUUCAGCUAAUAGGAAUCUGCAGCACUUGUCAUCAGGCUUUUACAGUAGCAUCAGUUAAAGUAGAGGCUCUCGCCAAGAGAGAAAUCUGCUGCAGACAAGUGCCAAGGAGCCGUCCAUAAUUUAUUUCAUAAUCUGUAAUUAGAUAACAGCACUUUCAUCGCCUCGCUAAUACUGCAGACUCCAAGACAUGGAGUAUUACGUAAACACAAGCCUUGUGUGUGUGCCUGAUUCAUUCCAGACAGUUGAGGCUGACCGUAGCGGUGGUUUGGUGGUUAGAGUGUGGGGCUGAGUAGUGGAGGGGGAACAGGAAGGGAGAGAGGGGAAGUGAAAGAGGGGCCAGGGGGUCGGUGAUGGGGGGUGAGGAGAAGCUUUUCUUUCAGGGAGCUGUACAUCUGUCCGUGCAGGCAGCAGCCUUUGUGCCGGGGUCGGAGUGUGUGUAUGUGUGAGUGAGUGUGUGUGUGUGUGUGUGUGUGUGUGUGUGUGUGUGUGUGUGUGUGUGUGUGUGUGUGUGUGUGUGUGUGUGUGUGUGUGUGUGUGUGUGUGUGUGUGUGUUUGAGCUCUAUUGAGCAAGCGUCUGCCAGCCGGGGGAGUGGAGAGGGGGGUAGUGUAUUCAGGGGGAGAUGAGGACAUGGCCAUCCACACACCCACCAGCUCAGUAAAAUGCAUGUCAUGUCUGCAGUCUGGCUGCAGCUGCCUGAUCAGGGCCGAUUCAGCGGUGAAUGGAGGAGAAUCUGUCUGCCAGCUGUCCCUCCAUUGACUCUCUCAGGGAUCGUUUUGUCUAGAGGUCCUUCUGCCCCUGCCUCAUUCAUCUGCCCUGAUCUGGGGAUGAGAUGCACGCCACCUCUCCUCUCCUCUUCUAUCUCUCUUUCAAACAACCGUCGGGGGAACGAGGUGACAGAAUGAGAGAGUGAGACUGACCCCCCCCUUCUCUCUCCAUCCCAACAUGUGACCUUUCUUCUUUUUAUCCCUCUAUCCUCAUUAAUUACAUCGCCUGGCUUUGGCACUGUGGUGAAAAGGACCAGAGUUAUUUACUUACUCUCCACCAGCAGCUGCCGAAGAGCCAGCCAGAAAGCAGCACCAA